AUCAGUCGUGGUAUUCGCACAGCUGCGGUUGUGCGCCAUAAAUUCGAAAAUAGAAACGCGCUAACGAAAAGUUUUCAAAUUCAAAAUUGUUUAAAUAAUUUUGACAAACAUCUAAAAUCUAACAAACGGACCACAACGAAUUUUUGCCCAGUCCAAAUAACUGCAAUUUGACAAACAUUUGAAGAGAGUGUGCGCCUGCGUUGCCAACGAACGGAUAAAAUAUAUUAGUCUCCAUCAGGCUCAGUGCGUGCAGGAUGCCUACUACACGGCAAUUCACUUUGGGCUGCGGAUUAGUUGUGCUGCUGUUCACAAUUUGCCAACCGAAGGUAGUGGAUGCGCAAUUCUUCCCUUUGUUCAAUCAGCAACAGCGUCGUUCCGCCAACGAAGGCUCCGUUUCGCGUGCCGACAGCAAUGCCUUUGAAAAAGACAUCGACUAUGGUCCAAUCGGUAUCACCAAAGAUGUUUCUAAUUCACGCGAUGUAACAGAACAAAAUGGCGGUCAAUUUAACGGUGGAACCACCAGUGUGGCUAACAGUAAUGCCAUUACACAUGAGUUAAACCUGGGACCACUAGAUGUGGGCAGCACACUUACACGCACGAAGACAAGCUCAAAUGACGCCGUGUCUCGCGGUGUAGCUGAAGAGUUCAAUGUGGGUAAUCUCGAAUUUGGCGGUUCUUUGGGGAGCGACAACCUACGUAGAAGAAUUGGAUUGGUACGUGAUCCCAACGGUGGCACCGAUCUAAAUUUGGGUUUCCUUAGCCUUAAUUUAGAUCCCAAUGCUCGGCGGCAGAAUAAUGGGGGUGCUUCGACCAAGGCGGAAGUAAAUGCGCAGGGACAGGAUGCGCUGACACGCGCCAAUAGCAACUCGAACACGCAAUCCCAUAAUUUUGACGGUUUGCAAAUUACCGACAAAAGUUCUCAUUCUGAUGCUUUUGGACGAGUCAGCAAUGGUCAGACUUCAGCUAAUACUGUCGGUUUCGCUGGUGAUGCUUCCACGAAUGGUAACUCAUUCGGCAGGCCUUUCUUCCGUAGGCGCCGUGGAACUUAUGGCAGAGUACUUGCAGUUGUGAAACAACGAUCUGCUCGUCCCAAACGCCGCGCACAAUUCCCUCCAUUUGAAAAUCCAAACUACGGUUUCCAAGGCCCACAACAAGGCCCACCACAAGGCCCACAACGUCGUCAACCAGGGGGUUUCUUUUUCCCCGGCGACAUUAAUUCUCAGUCACAGGGCACAGCUGAACAUAAAGGCAGUCUCUUUGACCAGCAAGCUGGCUCUAAUGCACACUCAAACCGUCACGCAACCAAAGACGGUGUCUCUCAAGAUAAUGGUGGAUCCAGUAUUUCCUCGAAUGUGGCCAAAGAUGGUUCGAGUGGUCAAGUGAGCUCUGCUAAUGUAAAUAACCAGAAUAAACAAACUAAGGACGGCAGCUCCAGCUCCAAUGAGGGUCAGAGUCAGUCACUCAACUUCAACAAAAAUGGGCAGCAGGCAUCCUCGGCUAAUGCCGGUACAACGCACACCCGUACGAAAGAUGGCGAAGACAUAAGUUCACAUGGUCAUUCACAGUCGACGAACAAUAAUAAACACGGUUCAUCUAGUAACACUGCCAACACCAAAACGGAUGUCAUGCGCAAUGGCAACUCAGAAAGUGUGACAGCCGAUUCGAACAGUCAGUCGAUCUAUCAGGGUGCUAACGGCCAAAAUGCUGGUGCUUCUACAAACGCGAAUGUAAACUCACAUCGAGGAGCCGACGGUUCUGUAACCAACUCCGCAUCCAGCAGUGCGACGGCUAAUAGUCAAGGUGGCGGUGAUGCCAAUGCAUCAGCAUCUGCCUCAUCUGGAAGUAAUGGUAACAGCGCCAACACCGAUGCAAAUGCUAAUGCUGGUGGCUUCAAUAACUUUGGUGGUUUUGGCGGAUUUGAUAGAAAUGGCGGUGGUGGUGGUGGUUUUGGCGGUUUUGGCGGCUUUGGUGGGGCACAAGCUAAUAGUGGCGCUCAGGGCGGUUGGUUCCGUUGAGGGAGAGGGCAAGAGGAGACAGUGAGAGAAAAAUUGCGAUUGUCGAAGAGAUUAUUUCAAUUAUGCUGAAAUUUUAUUAGAAUAAAAAUAAAAUAAUUUAUGUUUCUUA